AUGCCGACCGCGCCUGCCACGCCGCCCGCGCGCAGCGAAGCCAGCUGCCAUGUCGUCGGGCCGCAGCUGGGCGUCGGAGGCUUCAAGUUUCAGGCGGCGGCCCUCGCCGGGAACGGCAGGAUCUACGCCGUGCCCUUCGCCACGGGCACGAGGCGGGUGCUGGAGAUCGAUCCAGAGACUGGGCGGGCGCAGGGCAUCGGCGAGGAGCUGCCGCAGGGGAACGCCCGCUACGUCACCGCGACCGCCGCAGGCGAGGCUGGCCGCGUGUACGCAGUGCCAUGCAACGCCCAGCGGGCGCUGGAGAUCGAUCCUGCCACGGGCGACGUGCGGGAGAUCGGAGAGGAGAUGGUGCACGGCGGCCUGAAGUACCAGGUCGCCGUCGUGGCCCCCAACGGGAAGCUGUACGGCGUGCCCUUCAACGCCCGCCGCUUCCUCGAGGUCGACCCCGCUUCGCGCGACGCCCGACAGGUGGGCCCGGAGCUGCGCCAGGGCGGCUUCAAGUUCCUCGCCGCGGUGGCGGCCCCGAACGGGCGGAUCUACGCCUUCCCCUUCGACGCCACGCGCGCCAUCGAGUUCGACACUCGGACGGCGAGCGUCCGCGAGAUCGGCCCCGAGUUCCGCGAGGGCGGGCAGCUCUACGCCGCCGCCGUGCUGGGCGCCUGCGGGCGCGCCUACGCGCUGCCGCUGCAGGCCCGGCGCAUCCUGGAGGUGAGCCCGGGCGCCGGCGAGGCGCGCGAGAUGGGCCCAGCCAGCUGCCGGGCGGGGGCUUCAAGUACCAGGAAGCAGUGGCCGCUUCAAACGGCAAGGUGUUCGCGAUCCCCUACGACGCGGCGCGGGUGCUUGAGCUCGACCCGGCCUCUGGUGAGGUGCGCGAGGUGGGCGAGGCGCUGACGCAGCAGGGGGAGAAGUACACUGCGGCCGCCGAGGCGUCCAACGGCUGCAUCUACGCGCCGCCGUGCACCGCUCGCAGAGUCCUCGAGGUGGACACGGUCCGGGGCACGGUGCGCGAGGUGGGCAGCGACAUGGGGACCUCCGAGGACAAGUACCAGGUCGUGGUGGCGGGGCCCGGUGGCACCAGCCUGUUCGCCGUGCCGUACGACGCGCCGCGCGUGCUGCGCAUCGACGUGGCCCCGCCCGCCGUGGCGCCCCCGCCGGCCGGCUGCAGUGGUGCUGUGGAGCUGGACGCGCUGG